AAGCCAAUCAAAAUCAACCGGAAGUGUCUGUUACUAGACCAAACAACCAACUGCAACAGAACUUCAGAAGAAGUACACGAGAAAACGGUUUCGACGAGUAGAUAACAUCGACGAUACGUUAUAUAACAUUAAAGAUUCGUUAUCAUGGCGAGGCGUAAGCAGGAGGCACAACUGCAGCAAGAAAUUGAAACACAGGAGGAAUGGGAAGACAUGUUGUCAAAGGAGGGUCUUUAUGUUGUAGAUGUUUAUCAGCAGUGGAGUGGGAGAUGUUCUUGCCUUAUACCUAUCCUAAAGAGGAUAAAAUUAGAUUUGGGUGAUCCUCUUCUUCAAUUUGGAGUAGCCAAAGCCGAUACCAUUGAUGCCUUGGAGAAGUACAGGGGGCAUUGUGAACCUUGCUUCCUCUUUUUUGCUGGAGGUGUCUUAGUAGCAGUUGUCAGGGGAGCAAACUCUCCUAAAAUUCUUAGAACUAUCACAGAGCAACUGCAACAUGAGCAUAAAGUGCUGGAAGGACAGGGUGAAAGGAAGGAGAUUAAGGAUCCUUACAUUGCUCAGCUGGAAUCUCAAGAAAAGUUAACAGAGGAAGAGGAGAAAGAGGAAGAAGACGGAAAAAGAAUGAAGUAUAAGGGAGAAAUAGUAAAUUAUGGGGACUCGGAUGAUUUAUUACCAGGUUCAGAGGGUAAGAAGGAGAUCACAGUGUGUCUUAUCAAGCCUGAUGCAGUCGCUGCCGGCAAAGUACCGGAGAUUAUUGCUGAUAUUGAAGCUCACGGUAUUGAGAUUCUUAAGAAUGAGGAACGUCACUUGACAGAAGAGGAGGUUAAACAAUUCUACAGCCAUCUUCAGGAAGAGUCAUUCUUUGAUGACUUAGUCAAAUUCAUGACCAGUGGAAAUUCUCACGUCCUUGUUCUCACCAAGGGAAGAACGGGAGAUAACGUCAUCAGUGAAUUUAGAGAUCUGAUUGGUCCAACGGCUGUCGAGGAAGCCAAGGAAGCUCAACCUGAGAGCUUGAGAGCCAAAUAUGGUGAUAAGACCUUCAUGAAUGCUCUCCAUGGCAGUAGCUCAGAGGAUAUGGCAAUGAGGGAGCUGGCUUUCUUCUUCCCAGACUAUGUUGUUCCUGCCUCAGAAGGAAAACCCAAAAUGCAGAGAACUUUGGCACUUAUUAGACCAGAUGCCUUCAGAAACCAUAAAGAGGAAAUCCUAGCCAAUGUCAGUGAAGCAGGGUUCAAAGUGGCAAUGCAGAAAGAGAUGCAACUUACAAAGGAAAUGGCAGAAGACUUCUACAAAGACCACAAGGGCCAAGAAUACUUUGAUGAACUUGUUACAAGGAUGACAAGUGGUCCUGUCCUUGCACUUGGUCUGGCCAGAGAGGAUGCCAUUACAGGGUGGAGAAAUAUGUUGGGGCCCACUGAGGUUGAAAAAGCCAAAACAGAGGCACCGGAGAGUUUACGAGCAAAGUUUGCGUUGGAUGACACCAAAAUCAAUAUGUUACACGGUUCUGACUCGGAGGAUGCAGCCAAACGGGAACUCGAAUUCUUCUUCCCAGUGGAACAAACAAUCGCAGUUAUUAAACCUGAUGCAGUAGGAACUAAAGAUGAGAUUAUUGACAGAAUUAAUGAAUCUGGAUUCAAAAUAGCAGCAACCAAAGAACAACAAUUAACGAGAGAACUUGCUGAAGAGUUCUAUGCAGAUCACAAAGAUAAGGACUACUACAAUGACUUAGUGGAUCACAUGACCAGUGGACCUACUUACAUAAUGGUGCUAUCACGAGAAGAUGCCGUCCGAGGAUGGCGCGACAUGAUUGGUCCAACAGAUCCAGAGAAAGCAAAGGAAGAAAAUCCCGACUCAUUACGUGCAGCAUAUGGCAAAAAUAUUCUCCAAAAUGCUGUUCAUGGCAGCUCAACGUCGGAACAUGCUAGUGUUUCAGUGAAGAAGAUCUUUGGUGAUUUAAAAUUUGCACCAGAUGGUACUGUUUUAGAUGAACAAGCAGAGCAAGUUGAAAAGAAAGAGGGUGAAGAGGAGUCAGAUGAACAACAGAGUGAACAAAUAGCAUCAGAGGAACCCACUGAAAAAACAGAACAAGAACCUGUUUCAACUUCAAAGCCUGAGGCAGAACAGACCGCACCUGAGUAUAAAGAAGAAGAGAAAAAAGAAGAGGAGACACCUAAAGAAGAUUCAGAAAAACCAGUGGAAGAAUCGAAACCAGCGGAAGAAUCAAAGCCUGCUGAAGAAUCGAAGCCUGCUGAAGAAUCGAAGCCAGCUGAAGAAUCAAAGCCUGCUGAAGAAUCGAAGCCAGCUGAAGAAUCAAAGCCAGCAGAGGAGGACAAACCAGUGGAAGAGUCCAAACCGACAGAGGAAGAAAAACCAGCCGAGGAGUCCAAACCGGCCGAGGAGGCUAAACCAGAGGAAUCAAAGCCAGCUGAUGAAGCACCCAAAGAAGAAGAAAAGUCAGGUGAAGAGGCUAAAUCUGAGGAAAGUGAGCAAAAAACUGAACAAACUGAGUCCAUGGAGGAACAAAAGCCAGCUGAAGAAGAGAAGAAAGAGGAGGAAAAGAAAGAGGAGGAAAAGAAAGAGGACGAUAAGAAAGAGGAAGAGAAGAAAGAGGAAGCACCAGCAGAACAAGGAUGAUUGGAUAAAAAAGUUUAAGGACAGAUAUCUAAAUUUGAG